AUGCCUGUACCUAAAUCAACAGUGAAAUCAUUAUCUGCUUCCAAUUCAAAUAACUCUUCAAUACUAAAUAAUCAUCCACACCCAAAUAUACAUAAUUAUAUACACUCAAAAUAUCGUGGUCAUACCCAUCUUCAUAACAUUACCGCUACUUCGGAACCACAAAAUCAUGAAAACAAUAAUAAAAAUUCAAUUAAACCAAAGGACAUUGAAAAUAUUGAGAACAAAAACCCCAUAUCAUGGGAGUUCCAGGACGAUCUAUUAUUGAGAUAUUUAAAAGAAGUUAAGAGUUUAGGCUGGAAAGAAAUAUCAAAGUAUUUUUCUAAUAGGACUGCAAAUGCAUGUCAAUUUAGAUGGAGAAGAUUAAAAUCUGGUAAUUUGAAGAAUAAUCAUAUUAUAUCAAUCGAUAUCAAUUCAAUUGAUACUUCCUCUUUAUUCAAAAGUAUUAAUCAAAACAUUCCUUCUGCUUUAAUUGAUUCACAAUCUAAAAAUAAUGCUGCAGACAUUUUAUUACCGCAUUUAGAAAUGAUGACACAAAACGUCAAUAAAGAAACUAGAAACAACAAUAAUGUGAAAGAAAAACUCUCAACACAUAAUAGUAAUGAUACAAAUAUAUAUUCAUCAUAUACUGAUGAAAAUACAAAUAAAAAAUUAUUUGUCUCUAAUACCAGUCAAUUUAUCAAUAAUAGUAACAAUGAAAAAUACAAUAGUAAUCACAAUAACCAUAAUAAUCAUAAUGCUAUUAAUACAUUUAGUACAACGCACAACGAUACCUCCUCUAAUGCCAUGAGUAUAAUAACUACAAAUGAAACAAAUAUAAAAAACUUGAGGAAAAGUGUGUCAGCUGUAUCUGUCAAAUCAUUUGCUAAACCAAGAUCUUUCUCUUUAAAUGUAGCAAGACCAAACUUAAAUACACUUAAUAAUAAUAAUAAUAGUAUACAACAGCAAAAAGAUUUAAAUAUUUCUCAACCAGAAAACGAAAAUGUUGGGUUUGUACCUAAGAUAAUAGUUCGAUCAAGAAGAAGUUCUUUUAAUACAAUUAAUACUAACCCAUCUUUUCUAGUACAAAACAAUAAUAUUUUAGGAAAUGAUAUCUCCAGAAGAAAUAGUUUUGUGAUACGAUCAAGAAGACCUUCGAUCAAUUUAUCACUAAAUAGUGCUGCUUCAUCAAGAAGGUCCUCAUUUCAUAUGACGGAUGAUUAUCUCGAUACUCACUCAACUAACAACAAUAACUCACAUUCACAUUCACACCACCCAAAUAAUACACAUGGUUUUGCUAAAUGGGAACAAGCCGAAGAUCAAUUGUUACUAGAUUUGAUUAAUAUAAAAAAACUAAAUAUAAAAGAAGUGUCUAUCUUAUUGCCAAACAGAUCGGAAGAAGAAAUUAAAUGGAGAUUUCAACAUUUAGCUAAAGAUAAAUAUACAAAAUAG